AUGACUCAAGAAGAAGGCCAAGUUCCCAUUAGCAUGGUGGAUAUCCAAAGUCUGACAAACAGUGAAUUGCAGGAACAGCUUAUCAAGCAUGGAUAUAAACCGGGGCCAAUAAUACCUUCCACAAGACAGGUUUAUGAGGAUAAACUACUAGAAAUGUUGACAGAUUCAAGUCUAUCAACAGAACUUAAGGUUAAGGAGAAAACUGAAGAGCCAUAUCAGGACUUGGAAAAUGAGGAAGAUGAAGAGAAUUUGGAUGAUAUGGCUCUGGAAAAGAACACCAAAAUCUCACCAAGAAAAAACAAAAAAUCUAAAAUGGAACAUUCCAGAAUUGACAAAAAUACUCCAAAGAUGAAUUAUGAACUAGAACAGUUUGCCGAUCCUAUAACUCUCGAUAACAAGUUAUCUACAUAUUAUUCUUUGGAUGGUGAUAUUGACAUCUAUUAUCCUGAUCCCAGCUCUCACACAGGAAUCAGGAUUACUAUAAGAAGACCAUUAAAAUCCAAAAGCGAGGAUUCAGAAGAAGAGACAAUGGUGGAAGAUGAGAGACCAGUAGAAAAGAAAGUAGGAGUAAUUUCAAUCGCCUUUAUGAUCGCUGUAUUGCUCAUUUUUGCCUUUAUAAUUUUUGUCUACUUCACCAUGGAAAAGAAGGUAAUCACAGGCUAG